AGGAUUUCAGGUGCCGUUUCUCAAAAUUGAGAUAUUGAUUCUCAUCCACUGCGCUGGGAACCACUCACAAGACAAUCAAAACAAGGCUCGGGAUCUCUUCGUUAGUGGCGUGUUCCUGAACAUAAUCCUCUCUCAAAAACAAGGAACGAGGCUCGGCCAGAAUCGGUAGACACAGAGAGGAAAAAACGGCCAUCGGAUCCUGCCGCUUCCCCAGACUCGGGGAACACAGCUUUUGCAAGAAAGCCAUGCACUCGAAUGAGGGAGGGCCAGAAGCGCCCACAGACACAGACACCACGCCGAUCAACAAAGACCCCGCCACGGUCACAGCCAUCCUUGAUGAGAGAGACACCGCUCAUGAUGCAAGUCAGGACGGGACUAGUGCUGCCACUGCCACUGCUGUCAGACUCACAUCACCUGACUUGGGCGCACCAGGCCUUCUUGGCUCAGGAAUCAUACCACUUUCAGCGCCCGUCACCCCGCACUCUCAGCACCCCCCCGGCCAGCGUCAACUGCCCCCAGCACCCCCAAUCUAUUAUAAAGUCACUCCGGCCCCGUCACCGUCGCGUGAGGCCAACGGUGGCGACCACGACUCGUCUGUGAACUACCCUCCCAACAACAACCACACACCAAAAGCCAUGAUUUUCUCAGACCUCUACAAGUCACCGAGGUCGCCCUUCAGCAAGCUCCGCAACUCCCUGCCUCACCACCCCCCGCCGCCCUCAGAUAUCGAUGCCGACCUCGUCAGCAAAGACAAGGCCAAGCAAAAGGAGGCCGUAAAGCGGUACCUCGCCGAGAGGGUCAAAAACGACUGGGAGUUCACGUGGCCGCCCGUGACACCAUCAUCACCACCACCACCAGUCAUCCCGGUAAACUCACCGCCAACCCCCGCUGAAUCAGAGCAGUCGACCGUUGUCAACGGAGACGCUCCACUGCCACCGGCAACCGGACCCACAUCAACAACAUCAGCCGAGCAUGUGCUUCCGCCAAGCACUGGUGAAGCCAUAUCGGCGCCCAAAACGGGGACCGAGAAUGACGAUGAGGACGAUGCAAACAGGGAUUCGGGAGAGGAGGCAGACUCGGAAUCGGAGAACGAAUCUGUCUACAGCACGAUAUCCGAAGAUUUGGCCCAUUUCCAGCCAAGAGCCGAGUGGACAUCUGAUCUUUCGGAUGACGAUGGGUUGCAACCCGUCCCAUCACCCUUCCGGUUCAACAGCCCGGACGAUGUCGGCACCGCCGUGCGCAUCUCAAUGGGAUCAAAACGCACUCGGAGGAGGAGAGCCGUGAGAGAAGAGGCAUCCUGGAAUCCAGGUCUCGCAUGCUUCGAAGCCCGCCGUGACGCCUGGACAGGUGCCCGGACCGUCCGCGUGAAGCCGAAACCGGCUCCCCCCACUUCGCCGUCUACCGGCCGCCGACUUUCGUUCUGGAGACUUCAUCGCACCGAGUCAUCCAGCUCUCAGCACUCUACUCCGGGCUCGGCGCCACCCCAAGCCUCCCCCAUCAACCCAACGGAAACCCGCACCUCGCACCAAACCGACAUCUCGGCCAUCACCCCUCCUCUCUCCGAAUCCGACUCGGCCAAAGAGCAGCCUAUUCAGCAGACCACAUCCCACGAGUCCAACACGGUCUAUCCAGUCGAAACACUCAUUCCCGUUCCAGCUCCGUUACUCCCGCCACAAAACCCCAUGCGCGCGUCCAUCACCCCGUCCAUGUACUCUUCUCUCUACGAUAAACUCGUCGUCCAAGGCCUCCAACCAGCCUGCCCGGUAAAUCUGUCGGAUAUGAUUCGCGCCUGCGUCGUGGGCUGGAAACGCGACGGCGAAUGGCCACCACGAUCCAACUACACGGCUCCGUUUCCUGUUCCUGUAGCCGCCACCACGGCCGAACUCGUUGCCAUGCGUCAGAGAAAGGCGCAGCAACAACAAAAGAUUAAUGCCGCCAGGAAGGCCGCCGCGAGCACUUCUCCACCGGUGUCCUCCUCGCCUGGGUCGACGGUGAGGAGGAUGAGCUUUGGGUUCCUGGGGAAAACCACCACGCAUGAGGAGCAGAAAGAUAAUAGCCAUAGUGAUGAGACGGGGAGUGGAAAGGCGCUGUUUAGGAGGAGUCUGCAGAGGGUGUUGAGUUUGGGACAGCAUGGGCAUGGGCAUCCGGUGGGGAGCCCGCCGCAAAGGGAGGUGAUGGGGGCUGCCUUGGGGGCUGCUAUGACUUAG